UUUCCCAUUUUCGGGCUUUUAGUAACACCGUGCAAAUCCUCUGCCGUGACGUUUUCAACACGUGACUGCCCACUCUCUUUCCUUUUUGCUGUGGCUGAUUGAGAGAGAUCAAGAGAAUAAAAAUAAGGAGCAACAAUGGGUAAAGAAAAGGUGCACAUCAACAUUGUCGUCAUUGGUCAUGUCGACUCUGGAAAAUCAACUUCCACAGGCCAUCUCAUCUACAAGUGUGGUGGUAUUGACCAGAGAACUAUUGCAAAGUUUGAAAAGGAAGCAUCUGAGAUGGGAAAAGGUUCCUUCAAGUAUGCCUGGGUGUUGGACAAACUGAAGGCUGAACGUGAACGUGGUAUUACCAUUGAUAUUGCACUGUGGAAGUUUGAAACCACUAAAUACUUCAUCACCAUUAUUGAUGCUCCUGGCCACAGAGAUUUCAUCAAGAACAUGAUCACAGGAACAUCACAGGCUGAUUGUGCCGUGUUGAUCAUCGCAGCCGGUACAGGAGAAUUUGAAGCAGGUAUCUCUCCCAACGGACAAACUCGUGAGCACGCUCUGUUGGCUUUCACCUUGGGUGUGAAACAGCUUAUUGUUGGUGUCAACAAAAUGGACAGCACUGAGCCAGCAUACAGUGAGAAACGUUUCGCAGAAAUCAAGGGUGAGGUAGAGAAGUACAUUAAGAAGAUCGGAUACAAUCCAAAGGCUGUGCCAUUUGUGCCAAUUUCUGGAUGGCAUGGAGACAACAUGAUUGAACCUUCAGACAAAAUGUCCUGGUACUCUGGUUGGGAUAUUGAAAGGAAGGAGGGAAAUGCUAAAGGAAAAACUCUGAUGGAGGCUUUGGAUGCCAUCCUGCCACCAAAGAGGCCUACAGAUUUGGCCCUUCGUCUUCCACUCCAGGAUGUAUACAAGAUUGGAGGUAUUGGAACUGUGCCAGUUGGUCGAGUGGAAACUGGUAUUUUGAAACCAGGAAUGGUUGUCACUUUUGCUCCACCCAACAUCACCACUGAGGUCAAAUCUGUUGAAAUGCACCAUGAAUCCCUCCCAGAAGCUCUGCCAGGUGACAAUGUUGGUUUCAACAUUAAGAAUGUCUCUGUCAAGGAAAUCCGUCGUGGAAAUGUUUGUGGAGACAGCAAGAAUGAUCCACCCAAGGGUGCCAAGAACUUCCUCGCCCAGGUCAUUAUCCUGAACCACCCAGGUGAGAUUAAGAACGGAUAUGCACCAGUCCUUGAUUGUCACACUGCUCACAUUGCCUGCAAAUUUGUUGAAAUCAGAGAGAAAUGCGAUCGUCGUAGUGGAAAAGUUCUAGAAGAGGCCCCCAAAAUGAUCAAGAGCGGAGAUGCUGCUAUGGUCCUUAUGAUUCCCAGCAAACCAAUGUGUGUUGAGCCAUUCUCCAAGUACGCACCUUUGGGACGUUUUGCUGUACGUGACAUGAGGCAGACCGUUGCUGUCGGUGUCAUCAAGGAGGUCGAGAAGCAGGAGGCUGCUCAAGGCAAAGUGACCAAAGCUGCACAAAAAGCCGGUGGAAAGAAGUGAAAUUUGCUGAACUUAGGAACCUUAAGAUCCCAUCAGCUUCUAUUUAAUUCAAAUUUAAAGAGAAAUGACAAAAUCAUGCCACUAUUUAAUUUUGAAAGACCAAAGCAGGUCAUUUAUUGGACAGUCUGUUUUUUGAUGAAAAAUAUACAUCGCAAGGAAGUACGACGGAAAGAACAAUUUUGUUGUAGUAACAGAAUUCAUUAAUUAUGUCAAAUAAAAAUUGGAUAUUUUA